CCGCGCGUCCGCCAGUGUGCGCCGGUGAAGCGAGAGGAGCGCUCGUUGGAGUCAACUAGACAGGCUGCUGGCAACGAGUGGUGCGUCUUUUUUCUGCCUCCACCAGGCUGGAUAUAGGCUCCUGUGCGUCUACUUCACUGCAGCCCCAUCAUCAAAAAAGGCUCCUCCAACCCGUUUCCUCCCACUGGCUUUUGGCUAAAAUUCCUCCGGAUUUUUCCUGCGUGUUGCGUGGACCGGUUGUCGGGAUAUGUUCCGCCUUUUUCCAAAUGAGACACCGGGAAAUUAAUUAGUAAGUUAAAGCUUCGGGACUUGCGGAGGGCAUGAAAGACUAAAUCUGCUGGAGAGGAAAAAAAGGUAAUCGGGACUUCAGUGAUGUGAUGAGACAUUCCUUCAAUCGCGCCCUUGUUCUUUAGGCAAAGAUAUCCGGACUUAAGCUGUUGAAUAAUUCUGUGACUGCAGAUCCUUUAAGAAUUUUUUCCAUCAGAUGUGCAGUUUCAAAGCCCGUAGCUGCCGGCUGAAGAGGAAAUCCGUUCAUUGCUUGCAAUAUAACGCACAGGGCGAGAUAUUCAUCCGAAAUGCGACUUAAAUGUUUGGUGGCAUCGAGGAGGAGAAAUUAACGCGGACCCUUGAACCGCAUCACUUCAGCCGCACGGAAGACUCAAAUUUCUCUGGACUUGUUCGCAGGACUUGUCGUUGUGCGUCUAUGCAGCCCGAGCGUCGCCCCGCGGACUCCUCGUCGUAUGAGUCAUGUGUAACACCGGUUCGCCGCUUGACGAGAGCUGCACGGAUUUACACGGCUAACUCAGUGCUGCGAGGAGGUCCAGCAUGUUCCCGCUGAUCUGUCCUCCCCAACGCGUCGCCCGCUGCAGCAGACCGGAGGACGCGCUCCGCCUGAGGAGAGUGAAAUAGGCUGAGGCACUUGUUAGAAUUAGAGCUUCCACGCCAUGAUAUAAUUUGCAUCCGCGAGAGCGCGUCGUCACUCAAACACUUUUCUGGGCAUUUCACUGAGAUGAUCCAUUUGGAACCUUUUUGCUCUUUUCUCUGACGAGCAUUCUUGUGCGUAACCACCGCGGUCUUUAUUAGACAGAGACAAACUCAACAGGUACAAUGCAAAGCAGGGAGAUGGGAUUAAUGCACUUCGUCGCCGCGUUGCUCCUAUUUUGUGCCGGAGCUGACGCGGUUAUCAACCUAAAGUAUGGAAUAAACGAGGAGAUGAAGCCCGGAUCGGUGAUUGGAAACGUGACAAAGGACGCGCUGAAGCAAGGAUUUCAGAUUGCACCGCAGCCCCCGUACUUGAGGGUGAUUUCCAAUUCAGAACCCCGAUGGGUGGAACUCAGUCCAGCCGGAAUCCUUACAACCCAAAUGAAAAUAGAUCGGGAUGUAGUUUGUCGCCAGAACCCAAAGUGCAUUAUUUCUCUAGAAGUGAUGUCAAACUCUAUGGAGAUCUGUGUCAUCAAAGUUGAAAUCGAGGAUUUGAACGACAACGCACCCAGAUUCCCAACGAGCCGCAUUGACAUUGAAAUUUCCGAGAACGCCUCCCCUGGUACCAGGUUUCCCCUAGAGGGGGCAAGCGAUCCGGACUCCGGUGUCUUUGGAGUGCAGUCGUAUUCCAUAACCCCAAAUGAGCUUUUCGGGCUGGAAAUAAAGACCAGGGGGGACGGGUCCAAAAUCGCUGAGCUCGUUGUGCAAAAAUCUCUGGACAGAGAGACCCAGUCCCACUAUGCGUAUGAAAUCAGCGCAGAAGAUGGAGGAGACCCUCCAAAGAUAGGCGCGGUCCAGUUAAACAUAAAGGUAAUUGACUCGAACGACAACAACCCCGUUUUUGACGAGCCAGUGUAUACAGUGAAUGUGAUGGAGAAUUCCCCCAUCAACACACUUGUCAUAGACUUGAACGCAACGGAUCCUGACGAGGGGACUAACGGAGAGGUUACGUACUCGUUCAACAGUUACGUCACCGAGAAAACGAGGGACGCGUUCAAAAUUGACUCCAAAACCGGAAUCAUCACCGUCAACAGCGUGUUGGAUUACGAAACGACGCAAAUAUACGAGAUCGACGUGCAGGCUAAAGACCUGGGUCCCAACUCCAUCCCGGCUCACUGCAAAGUCACGGUGAACGUGAUGGACACGAACGACAACCCGCCCGUCAUCAGCCUGCUGUCGCUCAACACGGAGAUGGUGGAAGUCAGUGAGAACGCGCAGCGCGGAUAUGUCAUUGCGCUCGUGCGCGUGUCAGACAAGGACUCCGGGGCGAACGGCAAGGUGCAGUGCAGGCUGCAGGGCAACGUCCCCUUCAGGCUGCAAGAGUACGAAAGUUUCUCCACCAUACUUGUUGACGGCAGGCUGGACCGAGAGCAGAAAGACACGUACAACCUCACCAUCCAGGCGGAGGACAGCGGCGUGCCCCCGUUACGCGCGACUAAAUCCCUGGUAGUUAAGGUCGCAGACGAGAACGACAACCCCCCCCACUUCCUGAAGCCGCACUACCAGGAGAUGGUGAUGGAGAACAACCUCCCCGGCUCGUGUCUGCUCGCAGUGUCCGCGGAAGACCCGGACCUGGGCAUGAAUGGCACCGUGUCCUACUCCAUAGUCCCCGGCGAGAUCAAGCACAUGGAUGUAAACACGUAUGUGAGCAUAAACCCAUCGGGCCGAAUUUACUCCAUGAGGUCAUUCGACCACGAGUACACCCGGACCUUUGAUUUUAAAGUUCUGGCGCGAGACAAUGGCAACCCGUCUUUAUCCAGCAACGCCACGGUGCGCAUUGUGGUCCUGGACGUCAACGACAACACACCUGUUAUGACAAACCCGCCCCUGGUUAACGGCACAGCGGAGGUCUCCAUCCCGAGGAACGCGGGCGUGGGUUACAUGGUGACCCAGGUCAAAGCGGACGACUACGACGAGGGGGAGAACGGGCGGCUCACCUACACCAUCUCCGAGGGCGACCGGGCUUUCUUUGAAAUCGACCAGGUGAACGGCGAGGUGCGCUCCACGCGCAUGUUCGGGGAGAACGCCAAGUCCACGUACGAGAUCACGGUGGUGGCGCGGGACCACGGCAAGCCCUCGCUCUCCGCCUCGGCCUACAUCGUCGUCUACCUGUCGCCGGACCUGAACGCGCAGGAACCUAUCGGACCCGUCAACCUGUCCCUCAUCUUCAUCAUCGCCCUGGGCUCUAUCGCGGCGAUCCUCUUCGUCACCAUGAUUUUUGUGGCGGUCAAGUGCAAGAGGGAUAACAAGGAGAUCCGGACGUACAACUGCAGUUUCUUCUACUUGCGCAGGGUGGCGGAGUACUCAUAUGGCAGCCAGAAAAAGUCCAGCAAGAAGAAGAAGCUGAGCAAGAACGACAUCCGCCUGGUGCCGCGCGACGUCGAGGAGACGGACAAGAUGAACGUGGUGAGUUGCUCCUCACUCACCUCCUCGCUCAACUACUUCGACUACCACCAGCAGAGCCUGCCGCUGGGCUGCAGACGCUCCGAGAGCACCUUCCUCAACGUGGAGAGCCAGAACUCGCGCAAUGCGGCGCCCAACCACGGCUAUCAGCACCCGUUCACCGGGCAGGCCCACCAGCAGCCCGACCUCAUCAUCAACGGCAUGCCGCUGCCAGAGACGGAGAAUUAUUCCAUCGACUCCAGUUACGUGAACAGCAGAGCCCACCUCAUUAAAAGGCCCCCAUGUAGCACAUCGACGUUCAAGGACCUGGAGGGGAACAGUCUGAAGGACAGCGGCCACGAGGAGAGCGACCAGACCGACAGCGAGCACGACGUCCAGAGAGGACACUACGUGGACACGGCUGUCAACGACGUGCUCAACAUGACCGUACCCCCCAACGUUUGCCAGCUGCCAGACCAAGAUCCCAGCGAGGGCUUCCACUGCCAGGACGAAUGCCGCAUCCUCGGCCACUCCGACCGCUGCUGGAUGCCCCGCGUGCCCGUCCCGGCGCGCGCCAAGUCGCCCGAGCACGGCCGCAACGUCAUCGCCCUGUCCAUCGAGGCCACCACCGUGGACCUGCCUCACUACGAGGACGGCACCGCCAAGAGGACUUUUGCCACCUUCGGCAAGGACGGGCCCGAGGACGCGGAGCGGGCGGAGCUGAAGGGAAAGCGGACUCAGGAGUCUCAGGUGUGCAGCCCCAAGGCCAACGGAGGGGCCGUGCGCGAGGCCGGCAACGGGCGCGAGGCCGCCAGCCCCAUCACCUCCCCCGUGCACCUGAAGAGCCCCGUGUCCAAGCCGUCGUCUGCCUACAACACGCUGAAGUGCCGCGACGCGGAGCGCAUCGCCAACCACAGCCUGCUGCGGCAGCCGGAGGGCAAGGACAGUGAGCCGGCCGUCAGGGAGAUCAACACGCUCCUCCACGACGGCCGGGACAAGGAAUCCCCCAGCAGCAAGCGCCUGAAGGACAUUGUGCUUUAGCGAGCUUCUGUGACUCACACCAACAUGCAUACGCGCAUAGUGUAAACUCACGUAUAUAUAACCCGCAAUAGCUGUGUGUACACAGAGAGAGAGUCAGGCUGUGGACGUAGAGCGAGACACCCAUUUGCAGUAUCCAGUAUUUGCCGAGCAGCUCGGGCCGAUGCUGCAACUAGUUGUGUGCCGGAGCCCCGGUAGCGGAUGAGGCUUUGUUGUAGUCGCAGUACUUUUUACUUGUUUUCUUUUCCUGUCCUUCGUUUUCUUUUCCUUGCUGUUGACUGCGUGGACACGGCCGGUGGAGCUCCCCAGCCCUGGCGCCAAAGCAGGACACUAGGCGCGUGGACGCCCGAGGUGCCGACCCGAGUACAGUUAUGCCUUUUGAACUACUUUUGUAUCACAAACUGAUAUUUGCCUUCUUUGGUUCGGCAGUCUGUUCCAACUGCCAGAGCCGCUCUUUGUUCCUUUGUAUAUUGGGCUCCGGCCGUGUACACAACACAAACAGACGCGCACAGGACUCUUCUUAGCGCUUCAUUCCUUCAGCGGGUUUCUGUUCUUUGAGGAGAAGCGAAGGAGGAUCUCAGUCUCAUUUGACCAUCUCCCCGACUAAUGAGAGGAACUUUCUCUGCACAUCCCUGAGGACAUCCUAGUGUCAUCAGACUGUGAGGUCUUACAGUAUUUAUAUUUUAUCACGGAUGGAGCUAAAUGAACUCUUGCUAUCUGCCCAGCCGCUCUGAACACUGGAAGUGGGACAGACGGAUCCUAGUGUUCCAAUUGAGUUGUAUGAAAAGACUUACUGCUUUUGAAAUCUCCUGUGCCCAACCUUGAUUGUAGCCAGUGGAGCACAAAUUAGAACUUUGUGUUCUGGUCUUGUACUUAUUUUGACUUUUGACUAUGGGGCUAGGAUAGAAGGGAUCGUCACUCAUGUCUUGCUAUGUGAAACUCUGUAUAGGGUUUACUAUUAUCAUUUUUAAUAACCUGUUGUUAUGUGACAAUCCCUUAAAUGUUUUUGUUUCAAGAGAAAAAAACAAAUAAACAUUGGUGUUCAACUGAAGCUACAGUAGCGUUUGUUACACAAACACAAAAAUAAAAAAAACAUAUAUGCCAAAAUAUAUUUUAUAAAUAAUUUAAAAAUGUAUAAUGAGAAUAUUUAAUGCUGUGUAGUUAUUUUAUGAGUAAGUUAUACUUGAAAUUAACUUGCUUUUGUUCAUUUGUCUUUUGCUUUUAUAUUGAAACGGAUUUGUUUUUUUAUUUUCAAGAUGAAACUGGAUUAUUUUUCGUUUACUGUGUGACCCCUGGCAACUGUUGACUUGCAGUCUACCUUGUUGUAAAGAGUUACUUAUUGGUCAGUUCUUGUGCCAUCAAGUUUCUGUGUGGGCUACUAGAAAAUGCAAAAAAGACAAAAAAAAAACACACAAAAAAAGCAAUUUCAGCACCAACAUUAGUGUGUCAGUUCAACGAGCUUAGAGUGAGAUAGCAAAAGAAACCAAAUAAGAUGCAAACAAAACCUUGACGAUUGCGAGACGUUGCUUAAUCUUAGUAUCUAAGGAAGAGAAAUGCCCAGGGCUGUUCCGGCUGGCAACCAGGUUCCACCUGUUCUCUCAGUGCAGUGAGUCAGACUUGAGCUGAGGGCGGUGCCGUCUGUGUUCGGUCGUCCUAAAGACGAGGUUGGAGCCAGGUUGGUACGAACGGGGCUCUCCCUUCCUAUGAGCACCACACAACAGACUGGAUGCAAGCGUGUUUGGAGGAGCUAAGGUCUCGGGAGAACCGUGUUGCACAUGAGCAAUGUGGUUUUAUGUUGCUUUGCAGUAAACUAUGUACAAUGUGGAAACCGUGAAUGAAAAUGGACAAAUUGCAUACAACAAACUAGAUCUUGUAGCUGAAUGUUUUGCUGGUCUCACCCAUGGCUUCUGGCAACAUGAAAAUCGGAAUAAUCACUGAAUGUAUACAGCCGCUUAUAAUUAAACUAUUAAAUGUU